GCGCCGAAUUGCCCCAUUUCCCCCAAAGUUCACCAUUCUCUUACACGAACUCCAAUGGCCCGUCAUCUAGGGUUUUGUGUUGAGGCCUUUGACCCUAUUGAGGGUCAUCUCCUUGCCUUCUUCCCAUUAUUCUCAAUAGGGGCACUGUUGCUCUACAUGGCCCGAACAAAAAGGCCUGGCCUUGGGCCCAGUUCUCCUCCACCCGAUGAUUCCACUAGCCCUAAAAGGACUGGAGAAAG